UCUCGUUCAGUACAUAAAGACGUGUGGAGAAAAAUCGCAACUAUUCGCGCCAGCUACUGAAAAAAUGACAUCUCCAGACUCCACUCCUGUAGAAACUGUAGCUACAGUUUUACCAAACGUGUUGAAAAAUGCAGUGCAAUUAUCCUUUUCGUGGUACGACUAUACACUUUUCGGAAUAAUGUUAGGUGUUAGUGCGCUAAUCGGAAUCUAUUUCGGCUGCUUCGGUACUAAACAAUCAUCAGCUGAUGAGUACCUUAUGGGUAAUAAGAAAAUGAAAGUUUUCCCAAUUUCCGUGUCUCUAAUUGCUAGUCACGUAUCUGGUGUCACCCUUCUGGCGCUUCCAGCUGAUGUCUAUUUAUAUGGGGCUAGCUUUUGGCUCUUUAUUCCCGCACUUAUAGUCGUUUCAAUAGGUACUAUGUAUAUAUACCUUCCCGUGUUUUAUAAAUUGCAAAUUACUAGUACCUACGAGUAUUUGGAAAGAAGAUUCGAUAGUACUAACAGGAUGUUUGCGUCCUUAUUGUUUGCAAUUGGGCUGUUCUUGUUUUUACCAGUAGUUAUUUACCUACCGGCUUUGGCACUAGCAGCAUCUACAGGAAUCAACAUUCACUACAUUACACCACUAGUGUGUGGCGUUUGCAUUUUUUACACAACUUUAGGAGGAUUGAAAGCGGUCGUUUGGACUGACACUAUACAGUUCAUUGUUACCUCAGGGGCAAUAAUCACUGUUGCAGUGAUUGGAAUUAAGACAGCAGGUGGUUUCGCACCCAUUUGGUCUGCAGCUCUGGAAGGACAUCGUCUAGACAUUUUCGAUUUUGAUCCAGAUCCUACAAAACGUGAUUCUUUCUGGGCAGUAACCCUUGGUGUGGCCGCAUUUUGGCUGUCAAUGGUUGGAAUCCAUCAAAGCUGUGUCCAAAAAUUCCUCUCUCUUCCGACUUUCCGAGAAGCGAAAUUGUCCUUGAUUUUUUUCUGUCUUGGUAUCACAGUUGUCAGUUCAUUCAGUAUUUUCACUGGAUUGAUGAUAUACGCAAGAUACGCAGACUGUGAUCCUCUAUCCACUGGAGCAGUGAAAAAGCACGAUCAACUUCUCCCGUACUACAUAAUGGACGUGGCGUCCCAUAUUCCAGGACUUACUGGUCUUUUUACAGCGGGAAUUUUUUGUGCCGCUUUGAGCACAUUGUCGGCGUGUUUAAACUGUUUAGCAGGGACCAUGUUUGAAGAUUUUAUCAUCAAAAUAACAGGACCUAUUAAAAAUGAAAAAACCGCAGCUUACAUUUUGAAAUUUUUGGUACUGAUAACAGGAGUCAUUUGUACUUUGCUGGUUUUUGUGGUAGAGCGGCUUGGAGGAAUUUUACCUCUGGUUAUAAGUUUGGGGGGUAUAACAGCUGGACCUUUGUUGGGUCUGUUCACACUUGGUAUUUUGUUUCCAAAAGUGUCGAGCAGAGGUGCUUUCUAUGGCUCCGUUGUUAGUCUUCUUUUUUGUGGCUGGGUUGUGGUAAUGGCUCAGUAUUAUAAAGCCCAAGGUCUAAUUCCGGAUAUUCACAAACCAGUAUCAACUGAAGGGUGUUCUGUUAUCACCAAUUCUUCAACAACUUUGUUUCCACGUUUUGAAAACUUCACAUCAGAACUAGCGACCCACUCUGAUUUCAUUGCUAACCACACUCAGGAAUUUCUUGGUGUUUUUUCCAACAGUAAGAAGCACCAGGAUCAGAAACCGUUUUUCUUGUUUAGAAUUUCGCACUACUAUUAUUGUCCACUGGGAACAUUUUUAACGAUAAUUUUCGGUGUACUAGUCACUUAUGUGUUAGGAAAUAACGAUCCUCCGGUCCAUCGGGAUCUGCUAAGCCCAAUUAUUUACUCUUUUCUUUCUGAUGAGGAACAACAAAAUGACAAAAUGAAGGAGUACCACAGGCUGGAUAAAGCUUUACAUCUUGUGUCAGUGAAUUCUGAGAAGGAAGAAAUGGAAAAGAUAAAAUCGUAAACUCUUGUAAUAUUUAUAAGACUGAAAAUAAAAUAAAUUAAAUUAAAUGUUUCUAAAGGAAUAAUAAAAAUAACAGAAUUUAUUGUUUCCCUUA